UUUGCAUCUUUGACACGAUGACGACCACACGCACGGCACCCAAAGUCCGCACGGCCAUCGCCAUGAUGAACAUGGGCGGGCCUUCAACGCUAGACGAGGUGCCUUCCUUCCUCAAGAACCUCUUCUCCGACCCAGAGAUCAUCCCACUGGGUCCGUUCCAAGAGUUCGUGUCGUCGAUGGUCGUGAAGCGGCGCUCGCCGAAAAUCCAAGCGCAGUACGCCGCCAUCGGCGGGGGGUCUCCCAUCGGAAAGUGGACCAACCAUCAAGGCAACGCCAUGUGCAAAAUUUUAGACGAGAUCCGACCAGAGAGCGCCCCACACAAGCAUUACACGAUGUUCCGGUACGCGAACCCGUUGACCGAAGCGGCACUGACGGAAAUGAAGAACGACGGCGCAGAACGUGCCAUUGCUUUCUCGCAGUACCCGCAAUGGUCGUGCACCACGACAGGCUCAAGCAUGAACCAUUUGUGGCGCGAACUAAAGCGUUUGGACUUGGGGGAUUCCUUUCAAUGGUCGCUCAUCGAUCGAUGGAACACGCAUCCAGGAUACAUUGCUGCCGUGAGCCGUCGCAUUCAACUCGGCCUAGAAGCGUUUCCGGCUGACGUUCGUGACAAGGUCGUGAUCAUGUUUUCAGCGCAUUCAGUGCCCAUGAAAGUCGUGUACAAGGGCGACCCGUACACCAAGGAGAUUGCCUCCACCAGCGAACGCGUCAUGGAGCAUCUCAACGUCACCAACCCACAUGUCCUGAGCUGGCAAUCCAAAGUCGGGUACUUGCCGUGGAUGGGCCCCAGCACCAGCAACGUGAUCAAGGGCCUGGCGAGCCAAGGACACAAGCACGUGCUGGCGGUGCCAAUUGCAUUCACGUCCGAUCACAUCGAAACGUUGUUUGAAAUUGACAUCGAGUAUGCCGAAGAAGCGCGAGAACUUGGCAUUGAGCACUUCAAGCGCAGUCCGUCCCUGAACGAAGAGCCGCUUCUCGCGCAGGCCAUGGCGGACCUGGUCAAGGACCACUUGGACUCGAACACGCUGCACUCUCCCGCGUACCCCCUCAACUGCGCAGGAUGCGAGAACCCCACCUGUCGCAGCAUUGUCAACCCCAUCAAACCGUACGCCCGCUCCCGCGACGUGGCGUGCGGACGACCUACGUCGCAAUCCGUCCACGACCUCGAAUGAGGAUGGAACGUAGCAAGCGGCGGUGCCGAAAUAGAUGAAAGAGAGGUUAACUCCACACGUAGUACAAUACUACAUGCAACUCCCCCUUG